CCUUUUAUUUUUGUUCAUUCAAUCUCUCUCUCUCUCUCUCUAUAUCUCUCUGUUUUGUUGUCUCUGUUUCUUCUUCUACUCAUUUCCCAGCUGAAGAAGCAACCAUUUGCUGCAAACACAUCAAAUUUCUUUUCUUUUUCUCUCUGGAAUUGUUAAAGUCUUAUUCUUUUUAUAGCUACAAAUAGCAAAACUUUGAUUUUUUUUACCAUAUGGAGAGGGAAUUUUUUGGCUUGAGUUCCAAAUAUGGUGAUGCUGCCAACAACCCAAAAGACCAAGUUAGAGGUUCAGGCAUGCAGUGGCCAUUCUCAAACAAGGUCUCAGCCCUUCCUCAAUUCCUUUCCUUCAAGACCACUCAAGAAGAUAGGCCUAGAAAGACUAUUCUUGAUCCACUAGCUUCAUCAGGAUACAUGAACAUAUCAACUAAAGAUGCUUUUGAAUCUGACCAGAAUCCAUUCUUGGGUGUGACCCAGAAAAAUUUGUCCAUAGGCAAGCAAGCAGGAAACAAACAUGGAAUAGCAUUUUAUGCUCUGCAGUGUUCUGAUGCACAUUCAGCUUGCCAUCAGGAAGCAAGAGUAUUCACAGUUUCAAACCAUUCAAAUCAAGUGAGUUCUGUUCUUCAAUCUAAUCUUCCUACUACCGGACUUAACAUGGUCAAUUCAGCCAUAAAACCACAACCUCUUGGUUCCAAAUCCUCUGGCACACCUCUAUCUGUUCUUCCAUCAGUAGGUUCCAUUGUUGGCUCUACUGGCUUAAGGAAUUGUUCCAAAUCUUCUGGCAUACCUUCUCAGCUGACCAUUUUCUAUGAUGGUUCAGUAUGUGUUUAUGAUGACAUAUCACCUGAGAAGGCUCAGGCUAUCAUGUUACUGGCUGGAAAAUUAUCUGCUCCAAUUCAGAACAUGACAGUUUCCACAGCUAAGUUGCAACCAGCAAUCUCUAUUCCCUCCAAAGAUGAUGGUUUCAUUAGAAACCAAUCCUAUCCCUCACCCCUUCCAAGCCCUCUCCCACUGAUCUCUCAUGCCAGUUCUCAGCCUGGGGGAGGAUCUUCUAGCAACAAUGAACCCACAAUAAUUAGACCAGGAGGACCUUCAACUACCCCUUCUAACCAUUUGGAGUCUUCUAUUGUUGUUGGUUCUGUAGGAUCUUCAGCUUCAAAAAUGGUUCAACCAGUAUUCUUGCCUCAGGCACGUAAAGCAUCAUUGGCUCGGUUUUUGGAGAAGAGAAAGGAAAGGGUGAUGAACACAUCACCAUACUGUAUGUGCAAGAAAUCACCAGAAUGCAGCACUCAUGGAUCAGACAGUGUUAGCUUCUCCAUGAACUCCUCUGGUUGCUGUCCUCUACCUGCCAUUAACUAGCCCUUAAGAAGAGCAUGUAUGGAAGUUUAGCUAUACACUUAUGUAAUUGUAAGAUCAAUUCUUUUCUUUUUUUCCUUCUGGCAGAGAAAUCUCCUAGGUAUUUUGGUCCUAAAUAUUUUGUUUUGUUUCCCAAGCUUUUUAUAAUUGUUACUUAUUGUAGUAGUUUACUUCCCUAUGAAGAUCUUGCAAGUCAACAUAUGAAUUUUUUUUUUCAUAACUUUCAUCAUGCUGUAUAAUUAUUUCUUUUAUAAAUAUAAUAGUGAAUAAUC